UCAAACAAAAUGAAUUUAGACGAAAUUCGAAAUUUGUUGUCAUCGACCGAAUGCCGAUCCAUUCAGAGGCGCCGGACCAAUCUCAGGCGCACUGCCAAUUUCUGGCUGGCGGGUUGUCGGGCUUCCUAGAGAUACUCUGCUUCCAUCCCCUCGAUGUGGUGAAGUCCCGGAUGCAGAUACAGGGACCUCGUCCGAUUCCCCGAGAGGUGUUCUAUAAGGGCACUCUGGAUGCAUUCGCCAAAAUGUAUCGGUACGAGGGGCUGCCCUCGCUGUGGAAAGGCAUUGUGCCGCCGAUCUGCGUGGAAACUCCAAAGAGGGGUGCUAAGUUUCUGAUGUACGAGUCGUUUAAGCCGUACUUCCAUUUCGGUGCCCCUCAUCCAACCCCUCUGACCCACGCCAUGGCCGGUUCUCUGGCCGGCACCCUGGAGUCCUUCAUCGUAAAUCCCUUCGAGGUGGUCAAGGUCACACAGCAGGCUCAUCGGGAGAAGCACCUGGAAACGCUGUCGGUGGUCAAGUAUAUCAUCAAACACCAGGGCUUUGGCAUCGGGGGACUUUAUCGUGGGAUUACGGCACUCGUGGCUCGAAACGCUGUCUUCCACUUUGGCUUCUUUGGUUUCUACAAUGCGAUCAAGGACAUGGUUCCCAUCUCGCAGGAUACCACCUCUGAGCUCCUGCGAAAGAUCACCAUAGCUGGCUUCGCCAGUUCCCUGGCCUGCUUGAUGAGCAUUACUUUGGACAUGGCCAGGUGCCGGAUUCAAGGACCACAACCGAUAAAGGGCCAGGUUAAGUACCGAUGGGCUGUAACUACGAUAAUAACGACGUUCAAGGAAGAGGGGUUUCGGAGUUUGUUCAAGGGUCUGGGAGCGUCGAUAUUAAGGGUCUGUCCUGGUGGAGCCUUGCUCCUGGUGUCCUACGAGUAUUUAUAUGAGUUUCUUAAAAAUAAAAAUAUUUGAUUCCU